UAGACCUCAAACUGAAACCAUGGAACUGCUUUCAAGCUGGUGCUACAAAGGAUCCUUGCCGGAUAGUUACGUAAUGCCACCGGAGACAAGACCAGGGGAUCUCAUCGUCCCGUUGGGGGAAUCCAUCCCGGUGAUCGAUCUUCAGUGUCGCGAUCGAAACGAGACGGUCCGACAAAUUCUGAAAGCCAGCGAGGACUACGGAUUUUUUCAGGUAAUCAACCAUGGAGUUUCGGAGUAUUUGAUGGAUGAAACCAUGGAAGUUGCAGAGGAGUUCCAUGCAAUGCCCGGGUCGGACAAGGAAAAGGAAUGCGCCAAGGACCCGAAGGGGAGCUGCAAGCUGUACACGAGCAGCUACGUUUACCCGAGGGAGGAGUUCCACUUGUGGAGAGAUGCGGUGACGCACCCUUGCCGUCCUUCAGCUGAACACAUUCAAUUUUGGCCUGAAAAGCCAACUAGAUACAGAAAAGUUGUUGGGGCGUAUUCGGUUGAGUUAUGGAAGCUGAGUUGCAGAAUCCUGGAGUUUAUAUGCCAAGGGUUAGGGCUUAGCACCGAUUAUUUGAGCAACGAACUGAGUCAAGACCCCAAAAUCAUGAUUAACCACUACCCUCCAUGCCCUGAACCGAGUUUAACACUGGGAUUAUUUAAACACCGUGACCCUACGAUCAUCACCAUUCUUCUUCAAGGCCAGGUACAUGGCCUGCAAGUGUUCAAAGAUGGCCGAUGGAUCUGCGUCGAACCGAUUCCUCAUGCGUUCGUGGUUAAUAUAGGCUACCUUUUACAGAUAAUAAGCAAUGGGAAACUGAUGGGAGCUGAGCAUCGAGUGGUGACGAAUUCGAGAGAUCCGAGGACGACUAUUUCUUUCUUCGUCUAUCCGUGCGAUGAGAGCCUGAUAGGACCGGCGAAAGCUUUGGUUGAUGCAAGGAAUCCUGCAAUUUAUAAGGCCUUCAAAUUUACCGACUUUGUUGCUACUUUCAUCCUCAAACCUGAUAAGGAAGCUUUGAAGGAGCUUAUAAGCGCGCCCCGUAUUCUCGACUUCUAUGGCACCCUUUCAGUUGAGGUGGCGAAAGGCGCAUCCCCGGGGACGCGCUUUACCCGAGUUAAUGCUAAGUUGGCUGCCACGUGUGGAAUGCGCAUCCCCGGGGACGCGCCUUCACUGGGUAUUGCUGAUUCAGAUACCACGCUGUGUUCAAUAUUAUCUGGUAUGGAUAAUGUGAUUCAUGUUAUGAUUGAGGAUGAUCAAGCUGUGAGGAAAGCUUCAAAAAACGGAGAGGAUAACAAGAUUAUUCGUAUUGCGGAGAAUGAGGUCUCGUGGAGACAAUCUUGUUUGGUGGGAAAAAUAAAAAAUAUGUAUAAUGAAGAUAUAGUUCAGACUUCUUUCAGUGCAGAUGGGUUCAAUGUGAAGGUGUGUUGGCUAAAUAGGGAGCAUUGGGUUUCUCGAUGGUUUGACGAGUUGGAAUUAUUGGAGGGUUAUGAGAACAAACAUAGAGUUAAAACCUGGAUUCUUUUGUCGGAUGUUCCAUUAUUAGUAUGGAGUGAAAGUUUCUUCAUGAAGUUGGGAAGUUUGUGGGGUAAAAUGUUGUUGGUAGAAGAUGACACUUGCAAUCGGUCAAGGUUUGAUGUAGCUAGGAUUUUAUUGGAAGUUCAUUACGCUUCGGAUAUCCCAGAAAAAGUUUCCAUUGUUUGCAAUGGAAGACUAUAUUCCAUUAAAAUUACAAUAGAAGCUCAGGAAGAGAGUCGAAUGUUCAUAGAUGGCUUGAUGCCUGGUGGUGGUGCGUGUUGCCUAGAUGUUGUGGUAACUAGUAAGGAGAAUUUGAUAGAAGAUGUCCAUACUACAGGGUUGGUUAUGAGGACGUAUUUAAUUUGGCUGCUUCGCUCUGCCAAAUGA